AUGGAUGCUGCAGCGGCAACCACCGUGCACAUCCGCCUAAGAGGAUCCAAGACAAACCAGAGCGGCCUCACGACCGCCCGCAUGCUCCGUCGUUCCGGUCAUCGGUUCCUGUGUCCUGUUCUGGGAGCUAUCCUACUGCUCCGGGCACGGCAGAAUCUCCCGAUGGACUUGCCGGCGGCAACCUAUAGAUCGGAGAUCGGGGCGAUCGAGUCCGUAUCAGCCCGUCGCGUGGCCAACAAAAUCCAAGAAGCAGCGAUACUCUCGGGAGGCGAUCCUAAGGCCUACAGCACACACUCCCUCCGGUCCGGGGGCGCAACAAACAUGUACCGGUCGGGCGUCGACGCGUUGACCAUCCAAUUCCAUGGUCGGUGGGCGUCGGACACGUUCAAGAUCUACACGCGCCUGUGCACGGAAUCGGUCUCCGCAAUCGCGGCGAGGAUGGUCAGCGGGGUGAAAUCUUCAACAACUCUGCAGUAA